AUGUCCACUUACCAGUCUCAGUACCCCGAUGUUCCGUACGAUCCCCUCUACAAAGCAUUUUUUGAAGAGUUCUAUCAGGUGUCUGAUAACCCGUCGGCUCAUGAAGAAUAUGCACAAUACUUCGUGCCAGACACACCACUUGUCAUGGGUCAAAAGAAAUGCGUUGGGCAUCAAGAUAUAAUCGCUCUGCGACAUGUAAUGUGGAGUGCGGUUGAGCAACGUCGGCAUAGUCCAUUAAAAGUAUUUCCAUUCGGACCGAAUUCAAAUGAGUUCAUGCUGUACGGAACAGUCGAUUAUGUGAUGAAGACGGGAGAGAGUUGCUCGAAGGAUUGGGCUGCGAGGGCUGUGUUGAACAAGGAGGACGGCAAGGUGCGCUUUAGCUUCUAUCAGGUCUAUUUGGAUACCGCACCCUCGCCGAAGUAG